ACCACGUUAGUUGACUAAUAUUUCAUCUUAAUCUGUUUGUGGUUCAUUGUUCCCCAAGGUUUUUCCUGUUUAAAAUCCUUCUGUUUCCUCAGUUAUCUGCUCUUUGACUUGCCAAUUCCUUUAGCUAGUCUGUAGGUAUCUGACCUCUGAGGUUUUGAUUGGUUGGAUUCGGUUAUGGAGCAAGUGUUUCCAAGAUACCACGUUUUUAUAAAUCACAGAGGACCUGAUGUAAAGAAUACACUGGGCAGCCUCUUCUACCGCGCUCUUAAGAGGAUUGGCCUAAGAGUGUUUCUUGAUGAGCAGGAACUGCAAAUGGGAAAUUAUUUAACCCCUGCAAUAAAAACUGCCAUUAGUAAUUGCACCGUACACGUUGCUAUUUCUCUGAAACAUAUGCGGAAUCUUCGUGGUGCUUGAAUGAGCUUUUGUGGAUAUUGGAUUGUCAUGGCGGCAAGCUUAUCCCAAUCUUCUAUGGCAUCCAACCUUCUGACCUGCAGUAUAUUCAAAAGGGAGCAUAUGCUGAAGCCUUCAACAAUCAUAAAAACAAGGGCAGGGUUGAGUAUUCACUGGUGGAGAGAUGGAUGAGUGCUCUAGCCAAAGUAUCAGAUGUUUCUGGUCUGGUAUUCAGCAAGGUCAAAGAUGAUCUUGGGGAGUUUUUAGAUAGAAUUGUGGACACUGUAUCGAAAGAGGUGACGGUGGAAGCGCUUGAUGUUGCUAUACACCCUGUGGGACUCCAUCAAGCUACAGAGCACUUCCAGAACAAGGUUUUGAAUCAAACUACAAUGAAUGAUAUCGUUAUUGUGGGGAUUAUGGGACUUGGUGGAUCGGGAAAGCCAACUCUAGUUACUCAUCUUUACAAUACAAAGCGUUCCCAAUUCAGUAGAUGUUGUUACUUGUCUGAUGUGAGUAAGAAGAAUUUACCAUCUUUACAGAAAAGAUUGCUUACUGAUCUAUUGGGGUUUCAGCCGUAUUUGCAUAUUGAGAAUACCAGUCGAGGGAGGAGCUUGCUUAGAGAUCGUCUCCGAGUGUUCAAAGUUCUGAUUGUUUUAGAUGAGGUAGACAAUACAGAGCAAAUAGAGAAUCUCUUAUUAGUAGUGAAGGAUGUCCUUGGAAAUGGAAGUCUGAUUCUAGUCACCUCUCGUGACAGAGAUUUACUUGCACGCUCUCAAAUUGAAGUACUGUAUGAUGUCCAACUGUUAGAUAUAAAAGAUGCCCAUGAGUUAUUUUGCUGGCAUGCUUUCCAUGAGCCCAAGUCGCCCCCAGAUUUGCAAGACAUUGUAGAGGAGUUGGCCAAGCUGUGUGGUGGCUUUGCGUUGGCCUUGAAAGUUUUAGGUGGGCAGCUCUCUAGUAAUGGUGAUCGAAGCUACUGGAUGAGGCAAUUGGAAAAUUUUUGCCAACAAUUGCCUGAUAACAUUUUAGACAGGGUACUCAAAGUUACCUAUGAUUCUCUCAAGAACAAAGAGAAAGAGGCAUUUUUAGACAUUGCCCAUUUCUUAGUAGGAGAAGACAGAGAUCUGGCUGUGCAGGUUUUGGAUGGAUUGGACCAGAGUGGCUUCGACUGCCUUGAGGUUCUCCAUCACAAAGGCCUUGUGCAAUUUGAAAAUGCAGACGUCGACUUCGACAUUAACAUCCAACACCGAAUGUAUCUGCUGCCUUUCAUCGAGCAAACUGAUCGAAAAUCUGUAAGAAUUACUUAAUCUGGAAGUUGGCUUUGCUCACACCUAUAGCCUUAGUACAAUCCUUCCAACUAUUUUAUAAUUCCCAGUCCUAAUCAUGUAUUUGUUUCCAGAUGAUAGAGUAUUUGUUCAUGCAAAAUUAUAUUCGUGAGCCUUUCUACAUAGAUUGCUGGAGCAGACCAAAGGGUAGCUUGCGAAUAAGAAUGAACGAUUUAGUCAGAGACUUGGCAGACAAGAGUUUCCCC